GUUUGGCAUUGAAGUUGAUUUUGAGCCUUUUCAGAUUUGUUAAUUUCUUUAGUUUGUAAUAGUUUGUAAAGAGUUUUUUCUUUGCAUGGAAAAAUGCAUAGGCUACUUCUGAAUAGGAAUAGCUAGCAAAAGCGGGAGGUGAACCGGCCAAUCUAAGCUCAAGAGACAGCCAGUUCGCCACCAAGGAGCAACCCAGAGCAAUGUCCCUGGCUGGGGUAAGCUGUCUGGUGACAGGAGCAGGAGGAUUUCUUGGCCAGAGGAUUGUCUGCUUGCUGUUGGAAGAAGAGGAAGUGCUGGCUGAGAUCCGACUGCUGGACAAAGCCUUUAGCAAUGAAGCACUCGGGAGAUUUGGAAAGUUCCAGGGUAAGACUGAGGUGAAAAUCCUGGAAGGGGAUAUCCGAGAUGUGACGUUCCUGCACCGUGCCUGUCAGGGGGUCUCCCUCGUCAUCCACACGGCUUCCAUCAUUGACACCUUGGGCCUCAUAGAGAAGCAGCUGCUCUGGGAAGUCAAUGUAACAGGUACCCAGCUACUGCUGGAGGCAUGUGUCCGCUGUAACGUCCAGCACUUCAUAUAUACCAGUACCAUAGAAGUGACAGGCCCAAACUGCAAAGGUGACCCAAUUUUCAAUGGUGAUGAAGAUACAGCUUAUGAGAGUAUAUCAAAAUUUCCUUACGCCCAGAGUAAGAGACUGGCAGAGGAUUCUGUGCUGAAAGCAGAUGGCCAGGUGCUAAAGGAUGGUGGCACGCUGAUGACUUGUGCCCUGAGAUCCAUGUACAUUUUUGGAGAAGGAUGCCCAUUUCUUCAAGGUCAUCUGGAUAAGUGUCUGUUGAACAAAAAUGUCUACCUGCGCUUCUCCAGGAAGGAGGCUUUGGUGAACCCUGUGUACGUGGGGAACAUCGCCUGGGCACAUGUGCAGGCAGCCAAAGCCCUGCGAGUCCCGCAGAAGCCAAGCAUCAGGGGGCAGUUCUACUACAUCUCAGAUGACACUCCUCAUAUGAGCUACGCAGAUCUAAAUUACGAGCUGACCAGGGACCUGGGGUUUGGAAUCGAGCCCCGGCUCCCCAUGCCUCUGACAAUGUUGUAUUACUUCUCGCUGCUGCUGGAGAUCGUGAGCUUCUUGCUCCGGCCCUUUGUCAGAUACAUCCCCUCCACCAACCGUCACCUGGUCACUCUACUGAACACCCCAUUCACCUUCUCUUAUAGAAAAGCACAGAAGGAUUUUGGCUACAUGCCCCGCUACACAUGGGAAGAGGCCAAGCAGCGCACUGGUCAGUGGAUUGCCUCCAUGGUCCCACAGAGAAGGGAGUACUUGAAAAGCAAGGCUGCCUGAGUCUUAAGAGGAGCUGAGACCUGGCUAAACAAGUAGGGCCUUGAGCCAGAGGAGAUCUGGGUGAUCAGCAGCAGCAGAUAACCACAAAGCAUUUAAAUGAAGACUUUGAGUAACAGCGCCCUCAUUCCCCCCACCCUCCCUGCCCCAACCCAGAAUAAAUAAAAGUGAAAUGUUCGUUUGUUUGUUUGUUGAGUACAGGCUGAUCAGGGUAACUAUACUGUAUAGUCCACAUCCACUUCUCCAUCUUGUGCAGCACAAAGACAUUAUUUUAGUACGACUCCACACAGUCCAUGGUGUGAGCACAUCAGCCCUUCUUUUCACUCCAUGCCACCUUUAAGGCUUUUGUAAAGUGCAAUUCGUCCUAGAACUAUGAUUACACUUUACAAAUAUGUACUACUCAGCUAUACCCUACUCAUUCAGCUCUUGCCAGCCUUACCAAACAUGCAGCAGGUAGAAGCUACCUGAUUGCAAAAGCUAUUAAAAAGCUUGCUCACUUUUUCAAGAGCAUUGUCCAGUUUCAUGUGCCAUUCACCUGACAGUCAAAGUUGAGAGCAAAUUUGGGCACUGUAAGCAUUCUGAGGCCAAAAGCACAAUGUAAGUGCAACAUAGUUUUAGUUAGGAUGGUUUGUGGAGGGAGAGAAGGGGGAGAUUUGGUCAGGUGAAGCCUUCCUGAUCCAUUCUCAUUUUCCUAGUUACCAAUUUUGCAAUAAAUCUGAUGGCUGCCCAGCAGAACAACAGCUUCAACAAGAUGAAAAAGAGAAAAAUAUCGCAGGACAGCCUUGGUCACUGAAGGGUUUCCAUUGCAGAGUCAAGACAUUUGUGAACACUGAGGAAAAAUAAACAGUGCUAAAAAAAAUCGUGCUAUUUCCAGGUUUCAGCUGGGAAUGAAGGCUAACUUUAGCUGAUAGAUGCACAUGUGCUGGUCCUGUGCUCUUUUGAUGGCCAUAUGAGUUUCUGCAGAAUGUGUAACUUGACUUUCGGGCCAAAAAUGUAGAACUUGUCUGAACAAAUAGAUGUGAUCCAGUGUUUGCUUCUUAAACAUACAGCUCACUUGCUGAAAACAGCUGUGAAAGAUGGGAAUUUCUCUGUUCUGUUCAGGAUGGUGUGAACAGAAACAUUUUACCCGACUCAGUAGUAAUGUAAAUAAAUCACAUUUCCAGA